AUGUCGGGAGGCCGGGCUCUGCCACCGUCCCGGUCACGUCUGGUGGAGGCGCUUUGUCUGCGCCUGCUCCAGGAGUACCCGGGACCGCGGCGGCCCACCGCCAACCAGCCUCGCCAGGUGUCGCGCCGGCGCCUUAUCCUGGCGGCGUACGACCGGGUGCGGGGGAGGCUGCACAACAGCCGAGCGCUCCUGGAGGGUACCGGCAUCCAGCUGUACCCUCUCAACGAGAGCACGCUCGGCAAGUGGACCGGACGCGUCUGGACGAGCACCGCCAGUCGUCGUGGUGCUGCCGUACGUUGCCGGUGGACGCAGCCGCCCUCCAGCGCCUCCUAG